GUCAACACCUUCAUCUCCUUCGUGUUCCCCAUGGUGGUCAUCUCGGUGCUCAACACCAUCAUCGCCAACCAGCUGCUGGUGAUGUUCAAGCAGGCGGCCCAGGAGAACCAGGUUUGCACCAUUGGUGGGCAGCAGACCAUGCUCAGCAUGUCCAUGGAGCCCAGCAGGGUGCAAGCCCUGAAGCACGGMGUCAGGGUCCUGCGUGCUGUGGUGAUCGCCUUYGUGGUUUGCUGGCUCCCCUACCACAUACGGCGCCUCAUGUUCUGCUACGUCCCCUCCAGCCACUGGACAGAUUUCCUUUACAACUUCUACCACUACUUCUACAUGCUGACAAACGUCCUGUUCUACGUCAGCUCAGCAAUCAACCCCAUCCUCUACAACCUGGUGUCRGCAAACUUCCGCCAGAUCUUCCUCUCCACACUCACAAUCCUGUGCCUGCCAUGGAGGAAGAAGAAGAAGCGGUUGGCCUUCACCAGRAAAUCCAACAGCAUCUCCAGCAACCACACGUUUUCCAGCCAGGUCACAAGGGAAACCACGUACUGAAGCCAAAGGAGGAAGAGGAACACAAUUCAU